GACAUCCUACAGCGCAAUAUGCGGAAGAAAUGAAAGCGCAUUCAGGCACUCCGGUCAGUUGACAAGUCCCUGUUGGAUGCUACCCAGCUUGGAAGAACUCGUAUCGCUUAUGGGAAUUCUGAAGCUUAGUGCCUUUGCCAGGCGAUCAAAUCCUUCAUUCUACAAGUCCGCAACAUAUUCGAGUUGAUCGGCAAGGUGGGAAUCUGCUGAGACGUACUAGUAUUGGGAAUUACUGCCUCAUAGUCGAUUAUUUCGAUCCACGAAUCGGAAGAUAUGUAGGCCAACUCUUGGAUACAGAGGGUGAUACCAGGGGCACUACUUAAGCUGAGGGAUGCGUUGUGUCUCCCUCAUCUUUCUCCCAUUGACUUGAGCGUCGUGUCAUGUUCCAACUCUAUGUAUUCCUAUGCUUUCUGGCAAGCCUCCAGAGUCACGCCGCAACUAUUGGCCCAGUUUCUGACCUCGUCAUUGCCAAUGGCAAUGUAUCCCCAGACGGGUUCACCAGGACGGCAGUUCUUGCCUGCGGUACUCAUCCCGGGCCCACAAUCAUGGCUCAGAAGGGGGAUACGUUCAAGAUUAACGUCACGAACCAACUAAGUAACGAGUCAAUGCUAACGAGUACCAGUAUCCACUGGCAUGGACUAUUCCAACAUCAUAGUAACCAAAUGGAUGGCACAGCAUUUGUUACGCAAUGUCCGAUCAUUCCAGGACACUCUUUUUUAUAUGAGUUCAAUGCUGGCGACCAAGUAGGCACCUACUGGUACCACUCUCAUUAUGGAGUCCAAUACUGUGACGGUCUACGAGGUCCGCUGAUCAUCUACAAUCCAAACGACCCAUACCGUUCGUUGUACGAUAUUGAUGACGAGUCUAGCAUUAUCACGUUGAUGGACUGGUAUAACCUGCCAUCGCCUCAGGUACAGAGACAAGUGAUUCCCGACUCGGUGCUUAUUAACGGUGUCGGGCGUUAUAAUGGAGGGCCGGAUGUGCCUCUCGCCGUCAUCAAUGUUCAGCCACGAACACGAUAUCGUUUCCGCUUACUGAACAUGGCGUGCAAGUCCAACUACAUUUUCUCGAUUGAUGGCCAUAAUCUUACCAUAAUCGAGGUUGAUGGCCAAUACGUUGAGCCGCUCGUGGUAGACUUCAUUCAGAUCUAUGCUGCUCAACGAUAUUCCUUCAUUCUUGAGACAAACCAGCCUGUCGACAACUAUUGGGUGCAUGCCAAUCCCGAUUCAGGCACAAAUGCCACAGCUAUCUUACGAUAUGCAGGCUCUCCCAACGCAGAUCCCAAGAACAGGACAAUCUUGGACUUGGCAGCUCUAAAUGAGACUAGCCUACUCCCCCUAUCUCCGCCUUCAUCUCGUUUACUGCAGGAACCGGACGUCAAACUCGAUCUGAUUCUUGGGAAAAAUUUGACCAAUUUCAACUUCCUCAUCAAUGGCGUCCAGUACAUUUCUCCUAGUAUUCCUACCCUACUACAGUUACUGAGCGGUGCUAUGACGGCGACGGAUCUUGCACCCAACGGCUCCGUAUAUACUCUACCCCGGAAUAAGGUUAUCGAAAUUACGUUCAAUCCUGAUAAUUCUCCUGGGGGCCCUCAUCCAUUCCACUUGCAUGGGCACACCUUCGCUGUCAUCAGAAGUGCUGGAAGUAGCAGUUAUAACUAUGUCGACCCCGUCAUGCGUGAUACCGUGAACACCGGCAACACUGGUGAUCGUGUGACUAUCCGCUUCAUCACCAACAACCCUGGGCCUUGGCUGUUGCAUUGUCAUAUCGACUGGCAUCUAUACGCCCUGUCAAUAGUAAGCACCGAGCACUAUGAACUUGAGCCACUCUGUCCGAUAUACAAUAGCAUCCCUCAGCAAAAUUUCCCUCUCCCUCCCGUUGAUUGA